GCGGAGCACCAUGGAAGGUGACUGUCUGAGCUGCAUGAAGUAUCUGAUGUUUGUUUUCAACUUCUUUAUAUUUCUGGGUGGGGCCUGCCUGCUGGGCGUCGGCAUCUGGGUCAUGGUGGACCCCACCGGCUUCCGGGAGAUCGUGGCUGCCAACCCCCUGCUCAUCACGGGUGCCUACAUCCUCCUGGCAAUGGGAGGCCUGCUUUUUCUGCUCGGCUUCCUGGGCUGCUGUGGGGCCGUCCGUGAGAACAAGUGUCUGCUAAUGUUUUUCUUCCUGUUCAUCCUGAUCAUCUUCUUGGCAGAGCUCUCAGCAGCCAUUCUGGCCUUCAUCUUCAGGGAAAAUCUCACCCGUGAAUUCUUCACCAAGGAGCUCACCAAGCACUACCAGGGCAACAAUGACACGGACAUCUUCUCUGCCACCUGGAACUCGGUCAUGAUCACAUUCGGUUGCUGUGGGGUCAACGGGCCUGAAGACUUUAAGUUUGCAUCAGUUUUUCGACUCCUGACUUUGGACAGUGAUGAGGUCCCGGAGGCCUGCUGCCGGAGAGAACCCCAGAGUCGGGAUGGGGUCCUGCUGAGCAGGGAGGAAUGCCUCCUGGGAAGGGACCUGUUCCUGAACAAGCAGGGCUGUUACACGGUGAUCCUCAACACCUUCGAAACCUAUGUCUACCUGGCUGGAGCUCUCGCCAUAGGGGUUCUGGCCAUUGAGCUUUUUGCCAUGAUCUUUGCCAUGUGCCUCUUCCGGGGCAUCCAGUAGAGGGUGUGGCCUGAAGACUCAUCCCACCCACCACUGCCCAGAACCCAACAUCCUCCCCUCUCCCACACCCCUGCCCUCUUG